AUGGAAGGCGAUUGCAGCAGAGUGUUGGUAGACAUGGAGAGUGGCCCUGUGUACCCGUCAACCACCGUGACCCUGGUACGGGAGAAGCCAACACAGACACACCGGUGGAGGCUGAGCGGUGCCCUGCUGGCCAUGGCUCUGUGUGUCUCAGCUGCACUUUUCAUUACCUGGCAUGCCAAGGUGAGAAUAUACAUCCAAUUUGAUCUUAUCGUUAAUUACUAGUGUGCGCGACGGCUAGUUAAAUCGAUAUGGAACUGGAAUAUUUUGAUGUGCUAAUAUCAAGUGUAUUUCCAUCAGCAAUUUGAUAAAGAAAGUAGAACUUAGAAGUAGAACUUAGAUCUUGGAUUGAAAGUACUGUAUAUCUCUGUAGCUAUGUUUACAGUCACUUUUAAUUACAUGUAUUUACCUUGCAUUUAUUUCUGUAUAUCACUAUAUAUAUAUAUAAAUAUAUAUAUAUAUAAAUGUAUCUAUAUCACUAUAUAUCUAUGUAUCUAUAUAUAUGUAUCCUCCAUAUAUCUCAGUAUAUCUCAUAUAUCUCCUGUUUAGCGUCAAUAUGAAACUCUUUAUCUUCUCUUAUCAGAAACAAGAUCACGUCGAGGAAUCUGAUGGUGAGUUUCUUUCCCUUUUUUUUUCUGUCUAGCUCUACAUGUUCUACUGCUGGUGCUAUGGUGUUAUAAUAUCGACCGUAUUCUGCUACUCCCUUGACAAAGGCCGCAUUCCAAAUGGCGCCCUAUUCCCUACAUAGUGCACUACUUUUUGACCCGGAGCAUUAUCGGACCUGGUCAAAAGUAGUGCACUAUAUAGGGAAUAGGGUGCAAUUUGAGAUGAAACCUAAGUGUGUCAAGAUAAACUCUCGCAAGCUCUCGGAAGCUCUCACAGUAGUGCGGCAUUAUAUGGAGUUAACAUGAGAGGAUUCAUCCUCUGAGGAGUAUGUCACACUUUCUAAAUCUCUGUCUUCUUCCCUCUUCAGAACUUCAGCAUACAUUGAGACAACUCUCUGGAAACACGAAGGCUGCCAUUCAUUUAGAAGGUAAGAUAACGCUAUAUACAGUAAUGUAUUCAAUGUCUGCUUCCCAAAUGGCACCCUAAUCCCUAUAUAGUGCACUAGUUUUGAUCAGGGCCCAUGUAGGGGAUAGGGUGCCAUUUUGAUAAGGGAAGGUUACCUGGAAGUUUACCUGAUAGGAUUUCCGUAUUAGAGUCAUUUAAACAGCACUGUAGAACUGGAAUAAACUUGUCUGCAUGGUGAAUAAUCUGGAAAUAUGCAAUGUAAAUGCAAUGUAAAUAAAAAGAACAAAGGAUAACACAUAAAAGUGUUAAAUGCAUUUAUUUAUUUCCAAUGUGGUCCUUGGAAGAGAUUCAUUAUUUCCCAUGUUAACCUCUCUCUCUCUCUCUCUCCUCCCAGGUGAAUACAACGACAGUGGAAAAUACAAGAACACAGUGGAGUGGACAGACAAAGUGGGCCAGGGAUUCUCACAGGGAGGCCUUGAACUCGACAACAACGAGAUUGUGAUCCCCCAGGAUGGCCUAUACUUUGUCUAUAACCAGGCCUCUUUCCACGUCAGCUGCAAGGCCGACCCCAAGCACCCUAACGACCAAGAGAUGGUUCACCUGAGUAACACCGUCAAGCGCUGGUCCCUAAGCUACGGCAGCGAAGACAACAAGAAGUACCAGACGCUGCUCAACUCUGUACGCACCGUGUGUAAGAAGUCUUCCAACAGCGAGGCUGCGAGUGAAGGAAAGUGGUAUAAUGCAGUGUAUGUGGGAGCUGUGUUCCGUCUGGAGAGAGGAGACAGGCUCCAGACAGUCAUAGAGAAAAGGCUUCUGCCCCAUCUGGGGAGUGGUGAUGGGAAGAACUUCUUUGGCGUGUUCGCCUUGUGAGACAGACAAAAUGGCUGAAGAUAGAGAGGAAGGUUACAUCCCAAAUGCCACCCUAUUCCCUAUACUUUACCUAUUGGUGCACUAUAUAGGGAAUAGGGUGCUAUUUGGGAUGCAACCACAGUGUGAAGGAAAGCUUCAUACAGUUGGAGGGAUUGGGCAGCUAAAUCCAUGAAGAAUAAGAGGAUAAGGGGAAGGUUACCUGAUAGGAGUCAGGGCGUUUCAUCUACUGAAGUUGACUGA